AUGACCCUUCUCAGCGCCUCGAAACGGGCGCUGACCCUAUCGCCCCUCGCUCUUCUCGCCUUCCUCCCUUCCGUGUGUGACUCUUCCCAGCUGGAGACCCGUGCCGCAGAAGCAGUCCCCGCACCGCUAGUCUUCACUCCGGAUCAAAACUGGGACGGCAUUGAUGGCCAGUGGUCGUCCUUCACUUUACGCGUCGGCAGCCCUCAGCAAUUCGUGCGCGUCUUUCCCGCCACAUCCAGCCAGCAGAUAUGGGUCGUCAAACCCGAGGGGUGCGCUUACACACAAGACACCAGCUGCCCGUCCGACCGCGGCUGGGUCUUCAACAUUUCGCAGUCUUCGACCUGGGAAACUAUAGGGAAUUAUUCGACCUGGGCGGAGCGGAACCUGGGCUAUGAUGCCGCCGCCACGUACGGCUAUGAGACAGUGGGGCUGAUGGGAGAGGGCGAGAACGGGCCUACGCUGGUCAAUGCCACCGUUGGCGCCAUGAUGGAUUUGGACUUUUUCCUGGGUGUAUUUGGACUACAUCCCAAGCCGACAAACUUCAGCUCUUUCAAUAACCCGUCGCCAAGCUACAUGACACUGCUAAAGGACCAGGGAGUCAUCCCCUCGCUGUCAUACGGCUACACUGCAGGGAAUCAAUACAGGUUGAACAAGGUUCUGGGAAGUCUUACCCUUGGAGGCUACGAUGCAUCCAAGUUCACCCCGAACAACAUGAGCUUUUCCUUCGCGCCGGACAAUGAGCGAGAUACGGUGGUUGGGCUGCAGGCAAUCAGCAUGACGUCUGCGACGAAGCCCAAUGUCGACCUCCUGCCAACUGCUAUCACCAUGUACAUCGAUUCGACGGUUCCGCAGAUCUGGUUGCCUGUCGAUGCUUGUGAACGAUUUGAGGAUGCCUUUGGAUUAACAUAUGACAACCAGACGGACCUGUACCUUGUAAACGACACUUUGCAUGAUACUUUGGUGGCCCAAAAUGCCAAUGUGACAUUCACACUUGGGCAUACGACGAGCGGCGGCGAUACGAUUGACAUUGUCCUCCCAUAUGCCGCGUUCGACCUCACGGCUCAGCCGCCAUAUCGCGGCUUGUCAGAAAGCACCUCGUACUUUCCUAUUCGGCGUGGUCACAACGAAAGUCAAUAUGUCUUUGGCCGUACCUUUCUCCAGGAGGCGUAUAUCGUUGUGGACCACGAGCGCUCCAACUUUUCUGUCUCGCAAUGCGUCUUCGGACUCGGCAUCGGCCAAAACGUUACGACCAUCUACGUCCCAGACAACGGCACCAGCACGUCCAGCUCAGAAGAGGCAGACGAACGCGCUCUCUCAACAGCUGCAAUCGCAGGCAUCUCAGUGGGUGGCGUCGUGGCGAUCCUUGCAGUGCUGUCUCUGAUCGGACUGUUUUACUGGAGAAGACGCUACCGAGCGUUGAAGGCCAAGCUCGGAUCGGACAAAUCAGGUUCAGCGAGCACCGGCGAUGGCUCGAGCGAUGCUCAGGCAGCAGCACUGGCGGCAGGGGGCCAAGGCGAAGAAUCCACGCUGGUGAUACCCAAAGCCGAGCUUGACGCCACCCCCGGCGCCAGGGCCCGACAAGCGGAGAAAGAUCAGAAGCAGGAUUUACCGACGCGGAUGCACCCUUCGGAGGUCGAGGCGAACGAGCUGCGGAUUUUCGAGAUGCCGGGCGACUAUCCCAAGGCUUCAGAGGCAGACUCGCGGGAGCUGUCGGAAAAGCAGGCGGCCAUGUUCAGAGAGCAAAAGUACAACGGCACCAACCCUGAGCCGUCGCCGACAACACCCACAGCGCCUGAGCGGCUACGGCCGUCCCCGGUCAGGCCCGAGGAGGUAAGGCGGGUGAUUCACACCGCAGACUUUCCGGUGUCGCCUCUCGCGGCCGAGGGUGAGCACGGCAGAACUUUUUCCCCGCUCUCGCCACUGGGUGGAUCGUCGAGCGGCGAGCCAAGCCCGUCGAGACGACGGUUUUCGUUCGAGGAAUAG